AUUUUCAAAGUUACAAAGUGUUUUAGUCCGUUUGUUUCAUGUCUUUUUGUACUAAAUAAAAGGAAUCAACCGAGUAUUUUUGGAAUUUUUUGAAGAGUGAUGAACAUAACCUCAAAAGGGUGAACGGCAACGGCAAGUCGGCAACAUUGUCGAGAAGGGUAGGUGGGGAUAGGAUCAAAGAAAAGAGAAAGAAAUAAAUCGAAGACAGUGAAAUAGAGAGGGACAAUGUGCUUUAAAGCGUGGGUAGAAAAGGAAUGGGAAUAAAUGGUAGAAGCUAUAUAGCAGCAGAAGGAAAAAGGAUCGGUGGGAGUUGCUCUGAGAUGAGUCUUUGCUGCGAAGAGUGAAGGGGAAGAAAGUUUUUCGAGCCAGUGACACCUGUUGCUUCGUAAACGCGCGAGUAUAGUGUUAAAUGUAAGCAUGGCGGGAUCCUCGGAGGUUAGAAGUCUCAUGUGUCGACACAAAGCGUCCCUCCUCCGCGAAUUAAAUGCUACAAAUUUAUUGAAUGUGUUGGUGAAACGUGGAGUGAUUUCGGAGGUUGACAGAGACGCGGUCGCUGGCAGUGCAGAUCGUUCAAGCGAAACCGACAUCGAUUUAUUCAUCGACGUGAUUGGCACUAAAGGUUUCAAUGCUUUCCGGGAGUUUUGCUUUGCUCUGGAGGCUGUGUGUCCCCAUGUUUUGACUGAUCUUCUUGUGGACCAUCACGGUGUUAACGGGGAUCAGAAUUCACAACAGAAAAAAGAAUCUCUUCUAGACGAAGAGGAGGAUUUGGAUGUUAAAAUUGAUACUAUGGGACAAUCGCCAACUCCUGUUAAAAAUUCCGAGGAACAUUCGCAAAGUAUCAAUGGAAAUGUUGACCUUAAUAAUUCAUCGGACAGUGAGAAAAAAGAAAGUGCGGACGUGGAAACGAGACGGUGCAGUGAUUCUAGUGAAUUUCAAGAAUCUUCUGGUAAUGGAGGAGGAAUUCCUUCAUCUCAAAAUGCAACUCCACCUUCAAUAUCAGUUGUUCCACCUGUAAAUCACCAUCGGGAAUCCUAUUUUCCUUCCAAUGGAAUUGACUCAAAUUCAGAUCCAAUUCUUGAGGUUUUUGAAGAACCAGUCGACGAACCGGUCGGUGACCGAGGAUGGGAGGUCCACCACGUUACGGUGACCAGGGUACCCGGAUAUGGCUUUGGAAUAGCUGUCUCAGGAGGUCGUGACAAUCCACAUUUCACCAAUGGUGAUCCUGCAAUUGCGAUUUCCGACGUGCUCAAAGCAGGACCGGCCGAGGGCAAAUUGCAAGUAAAUGAUCGUAUAAUUUCUGCCAAUGGAGUGUCGCUGGAAGGUGCAGAUUAUGCAGCAGCGGUUCGUGUUCUCAGGGAUUCUGGAUCCACUGUCCUACUGGUGGUUAAGAGAAGAGCCUCUUCAAACUCACCAGGAUCACCCGGAAGCUUGGCUCCCCAGACUCAUCGUCUCACUCUCACCAGGAGUAACAAGAAAGACGAUUUCGGGAUUGUUCUCGGAUGUCGUCUUUAUGUUCGCGAAGUCACACGUGAGGGAACAGGAGUGAAGCAGGGAGAUAUUCUAACACGAAUUGGAGGUGUGGCCGCUGACAAUAUGAGUUUAAAAGAAGCCAAAAAACUUAUGGAGCAAUGUAAGGAUCGUUUGUCGAUUGUUGUUACCAGAGAAGCUCCAUUAAAUUCUCAUUCACAUCAGCCAAGUAAAGGUGAAAGUGGAGAUUAUCUUUCUGGAGCUAGUUAUAGUAGUCAAAAUCUUUAUGUACCACCGCCAACGAGACAGCCAAUCGAAGACAAAAGUAAUCUUGCUCCGAGGGGGAGAUCGCGAGGUCCUUUAAUGGAGGUGUCCUUGAGUCAAUUGGAUUUGCCGGCAACGCCAACUGUUGACCCACCCAGACCGCCACCUCCAAGGCCAGAGGAUUACUACAGUUCGAGAAGACAACUGUAUGAAGAAGAUCCUCUUGUUCAGAGAGCAAAGCAACCAAUGCCAGAUCCACGGUUUAUAACUUUCCAAAAGGAAGGUUCAGUGGGAGUUAGAUUAACCGGCGGUAAUGAAACUGGAGUUUUCGUCACUGCCGUUCAACCCGGAAGUCCUGCGUCCCUUCAGGGUUUGCAGCCCGGGGAUAAAAUUCUGAAGGUGAAUGAUAUGGAUAUGAAAGGCGUGACGAGGGAAGAAGCUGUCCUCUUUUUACUCAGCCUACAAGAACAAAUUGAUCUCAUCGUGCAACACAGACGUCAAGAAUACGAUCAAAUCGUCGCAUCUGGACGAGGCGAUUCUUUUCACAUUAAAACACAUUUUCACUACGAACAACCGGACAAAGGUGAAAUGAGUUUUCGAAGUGGAGACGUUUUUCACGUGGUGGAUACAUUGCACAAUGGAGUCGUCGGCUCAUGGCAAAUUUUCCGAAUAGGCAGAAAUAAUCAGGAAGUGCAAAAGGGAAUUAUCCCUAAUAAAGCAAGGGCUGAGGAAUUGGCCACUGCACAGUUUAAUGCAACGAAGAAAGAAUUGAGUGCCAGUGAAAGUAGAGGAAGUUUCUUUAGAAGAAGAAGAGGAAGUCAUCGACGCUCUAAAUCUCUUGGAAGAGAUCAUUGGGACGAUGUUGUCUUCUCCGACAGUGUGAGCAAAUUCCCUGCUUACGAACGAGUUGUUUUGAGACAUCCUGGUUUUAUUAGACCAGUGGUAUUGUUCGGUCCUGUCGCUGAUCUCGCCAGAGAGAAAUUACUGAAGGAUUUUCCUGAUAAAUUCACGUCACCUCAAAUGGAAAACCAAAUGGAGGAGAAUGGUGGAAAGAGUUCAAAAACUUCGGGAAUAAUUCGGCUCAGUGCAAUUCGAGAAGUUAUGGACAGAGGAAAACAUGCACUUUUAGAUAUCACGCCAAAUGCUGUCGAUCGUCUCAAUUACGCCCAAUUCUAUCCAAUUGUCAUCUUUUUGAAAGCUGAAACCAAACAGGUCAUCAAAGAAAUGCGAGCUGGUAUUCCAAAAUCAGCACACAAAAGUAGUAAGAAACUAUUGGAGCAGUGUCAGAAACUCGAUAAAAUUUGGGGACAUACAUUUAGCGCAGUUAUCACGCUAACAACUCCAGAAUCAUGGUAUCGAAAACUUCGUGAAUUAAUCGAUAGACAGCAACAAGGUCCCCUUUGGAUGAGUCAGACAAAGCCGGAAGAGGCCCUCUCGGAUGACUUCCUGUUCCCGAUGACUUCACGCCUCUCCUACGCAUCCUCUCCGGAGAGCGAUUUGGAAUUAAGCCCCGCACCUCCCCUUCCUGGCGCUUUGGGACAACCCUCACGCCUGAAGAGUAGCUCAGAUCCCAGCAUUGCCACUCAGGAUGACACCGUUGCUCCUCCGCCGUACACAACCAGCUAUCAGGCAUUUGAUCAGCAGAAGAGAAGAUCGCAAGGUGGAGUUGGUGAUAGUAAAUACGGAUUUUCGCAACAAGGACAGGGCAAUAAUUCUCAGUCGCAAAUGACAACCCAAUAUCCUGGAUCACCACAUCAGGGUCCUCCUGAUCUUCCGCCUCGUGUCGAUAGAAAUGCAAAACCCACGACACAAACACCACGUGGGACAAUUGGACGCUCCGCACAGGAACGACUUGUCAAUAAAACUGAUUCAGUUCUUGAUAUGGGAAAUUAUAUCAAUGCCACUCCUCAUCGAGCAAAUACCACUUCAUCUCUCGAGAGACCCCAACCAAAAUCGGGAAGUUAUGAUAGUGUAUCUUCCUAUGAUUCUUACAAUACUAAUGGAAAUACACUUUAUCCGAUGCCGGGCUUAAAUACGUCCACUGGACGAUUGGGACCAAAUGUUCCUGACGAUUUGAAGAGUGGUCUUACGGUUUCGAAACCUCACGAUCCCUACAGAUUUACAAGAUCCACCGCUCAACCGAUUCCCGCACAGGAUCCUCAAAUACGAACAGAUUACGCUAAAUACAGUCGAACGGAAAAUUAUAAACCAGUUCCGCCUAUGCAAGGAAAACCAGGUGGUACUUACAAACCUGUACCUCCGCCAAAACCUAAGAAUUAUAGACCACCUCAGCAACAGAAUAUUAUUCAGGAUGAAAAUGGAGGCAGCAAUUUGUAUCAACACGCGAAAAGUUAUUCUAUCGCGACAUCUCACGUUCUCAAUGGGACGGAAAACGGCGGCAGUGUGCAAAGAAAUAGUGGCCAAUAUUAUUACAAUAUUCCGCCAAAUCGCAAUAAUGAAACAUAUUCAAUGAAUUCGAAUCACACACCGAAUUACGCCUCACCACCAACACACAAUUACAGCCUCAGUCAUUCUCAUCCACAUUCCAAUGCACCAAUGAUGACACAUUCGCAUAGUAAUAGCGCCGGUCAAAUUGGAAUGGCACACACUCACAAUCGAAAUACAAUGAAUCACAAUGGCCACAGUCACAGCAAUAGUCAUGGAGGUAAUAAUUCCGGGCAAAAUUCGAAUUCGGCAAACAGUGGACAUAAUAGAGAACCAAGUGGAUUGGAUCUCGCCGGCAGUAGAGAACAACGUGGCAGUGCAUUUGAACUUUAUCGAAAACCUUUGCAUCAUCACAAUAUGAGUCAUAGGUCGAUGGGGAAGGCACGAGGAGUAUUUGGUAGCGACGGUGGUGUACUGGAAGGGCCAGGAGGUGUCUCGCUGACGAUACCUCCUGGUGCACUUCCCCCCGACACCUAUCAAGAGAUCUACUUCACAAUAACCGCCGCUAAUGCAGUUGAAUUGCAUUGUAAUACUCUUGGCCAAAGGUCCUCGAUCUCCCCUCCUAUGCACCAUGGUGAACAGAUGCUGAGUCCUUUAGUUGAGUGUGGACCACGAGGCUUGGAGUUUCGAAAAACGGUCGAAUUGAGAGUUCCUCAUAAGGCAACACCGGCACAUCGUUUGGCUUUAAAAGCCACUGACACGGAAAAUCAAGAAAAUGCCGACUGGUUGGAUGUCAAAUUACCUGAUGCGUCAUCAGAUCAUAUUAUCGUGAAACUCGAUCAUUUUUAAAAAAAACACACACAUAUUUAUACAUAUAGCUCAUUUUCUUCAUAACUGAAGAAAAAUAUAUUACUGUAAGCAAGACAAUUUAAAAAAAAAAGAAAAAUUCUCUGUGAGAAUUUCAAUUAUGUUGAAAACUAUUAAAAAAAAAUAAUACUCGAGAUGAGUAUUAAUUCCUUAAAUGAAUUGUGUGUGUCUCGAGAUAAGUAUUUUUUUUUCUUUAAUAAACAGCCAUUUUUGCGAAUGAGAUGCAAAUUAAAGGCUGAGAUACCAAAUGAGCGAGAGAUUUUAUCGCACGUUCUGUUGUUUUUUUUAUUAAUAUCUUUCUUUACUAAUAUCAAGAAAUUUAUUAUCUCAUUUUUUAUUUUCUUUGCAAAAAAAAAAAAUUCUUGCUCUUUAAACAAAUUCUUCUUCUUAAUUUUCAAUUGAAACGUCAGGACGUCGAUUUUAAAUAGCCUAAGAAUAAAAAUGAUGUUUGUGAUUUUUUUUACAUUUACAAUGGUUUUUUUUAUACCAAUUAACUUGUAAGGAGACUUUUGUCAGAUUUA